AUGGCCAAACUCCAGGGCACCCGCAAGGGCGCAUUCAGAGCCUACUUCUUCGGCUUCUUCGUCUGCCUCGCCGGCUUUCUCUUUGGCUAUGACACUGGAAUCGUGGGAGGCGUCCUGACCAUGGAGUCGUACAAGCGAGACUUCGGCUACACUGACAACACCACUGUCAGUGCUGUCAUGGUCUCGCUUCAGAACGUCGGUGCCUUUCUCUCCGCCCUCGCCGUGUUCCCAGUCUCCGAGCGCUAUGGGAGGAAGAAGACAAUCCAGGUGGCCAUGACCGUUUUCUGCACCGGCGUCAUCCUUCAGGUCAUACCUUCACACUCGCUAGUCUGCUUCUACAUUGGCCGCUUCGUGUCGGGUCUGGGUCUUGGAUCAGCCACUGCCGUCGUACCUGCAUACAAUGCCGAGCAAGCGCCAAAGGAGAUCAGAGGUAUGCUUGGCUCUGGCAUGCAAUGGCUCUUCGCUCUGGGGGUGAUGAUCUCGUACUGGGUCGACUAUGGAACCGUCCAAGGCAUUGGUGGCAGUCAUUCAGCUGAAUGGCAAAUCCCCGUCGGCCUUCAAAUGGUGCCUGCCGCUCUCCUCGGGUUCGGUCUCAUCUUCCAGAAGGAGAGCAUUCGGUGGUUGGCGAAGAAGAAUCGUAAUGAAGAGGCAUGGGAGGCUCUGAAGUGGAUGCGCGCAGACGAUGGCCCGGAAGUCAAGGCAGAGUUCAACGAGAUCAAGGCCGGUAUCGCUGAGGAAGUUCGUGCCAGCGAGGGAUUCAAGAAGAGAGAGCUUCUCGAACCCGCCAACCGCUAUCGUCUUGGACUGGCAUUCGGCAUCUUCCUGGGCCAGCAGUGCACUGGAAUGACCGCCCUCGCGUAUUUCGGUCCUCAAUUCUUCAAGCUGCUCGUCGGAUCUGGUACCAAGAACCUCCUGAUCACUGGUCUCUUCGGCGCUGAGAAGUUCAUCACUGUGGGCAUCUAUAUCCUGUUCUUCUCAGAGAUGUGGAACAGGAAACCAACGCUCUGGAUCUCAGCCAUCCUCAUGUCCAUUUGCUUCAUCAUUGUUACGGUAGUCAAUAAGACGACUCCUGCACCGGUGGACAACCAGACAACGAGUGCUGGCAUUGCAACAGUUGCUAUGAUUUUCAUUACCAACUCGAUUUACCAAUUUUCAUGGGGUCCGCUACCAUGGCCAUACGCAGCAGAGAUUUUCCCAAACCGCAUCCGCGAAGUCGGCACGUCUGUCGGCGUCUCCACCCAAUGGCUCUUCAACUUCCUCUUCUCCCUCACGACCCCGUACAUGAUCAAGGACAUGAGCACCUACGUCUUCCUCUUCUACGCCGCUCUCGACAUCGUCAUGGCGAUCAUGGUGUGGUUCUUCGUCAAGGAGACCAAGGGCCGGACGCUCGAAGAGAUGGAACAGAUCUUCAACAGCAGAGCAGCCUUCGACAACGAGGCGGCGCGCAACAAGGCUCUGGAGAUCGAGAGCAGUGGGAGCGAGGACCGAUUCAGCGACGUGCACGUUAUCGGGAAGCAUGCGGACAUUGAUGGGAAGUAG